AUGGCUGAAAACGUCUCGACGUCGACCCCUUCCUCGCUGCCAUCGGCACCACAGUCGGUUGCUGGCGCUCAGAACCAGCAGUACGAUACUGCCCAGGGCAACGGCCAGACCAACCCGUCUCACAUGCCUCCGCCGCCACGUCCCCCAGUCAUCAUCCCCCAAAACACCAACCCUAUCCCUACGGCCAUGACCUCGCCGAUGUCUGGCAACAUGAUGUCGCCUACAAGUGCGGGUGGCUAUGUCCGCCGGGCGGCCCCCGAGCCCAACAAGCGCGCUCUCUACGUUGGUGGUCUGGACCCUCGAGUGACAGAGGACAUUCUCAAGCAGAUUUUUGAGACGACUGGCCACGUGGUUAGCGUCAAGAUUAUCCCCGACAAGAAUUUUAACAGCAAGGGCUACAACUACGGCUUCGUCGAAUUUGACGACCCCGGUGCUGCUGAGAGAGCCAUGCAGACUUUGAAUGGACGCCGCAUCCACCAGUCGGAAAUCCGAGUCAACUGGGCCUACCAGGGCAACAAUACCAACAAGGAGGACACCUCAAACCACUUCCACAUCUUCGUCGGUGAUCUGAGCAAUGAAGUAAACGAUGAUGUCCUCCUCCAAGCCUUUUCCGCCUUUGGCACUAUUUCCGAGGCUCGUGUUAUGUGGGACAUGAAGACCGGUCGCUCGCGUGGCUAUGGAUUUGUUGCCUUCCGUGACCGUGGAGAGGCUGAUAAGGCGCUCAAUGCGAUGGAUGGGGAAUGGCUGGGCUCUCGUGCUAUUCGCUGCAACUGGGCUAACCAGAAGGGCCAGCCUUCGAUCUCUCAGCAACAGGCGAUGGCCGCUAUGGGCAUGACCCCCACCACUCCGUUCGGUCACCACCACUUCCCUACCCAGGGCAUCCAGAGUUAUGAUAUGGUUGCUACGCAGACCCCGCAGUGGCAAACGACCUGUUACGUUGGUAACUUGACCCCGUAUACCACUCAGAACGACUUGAUCCCGUUGUUCCAGAACUUUGGAUACGUUCUUGAGACUCGUCUUCAGGCCGACCGGGGCUUCGCUUUUAUCAAGAUGGAUUCGCAUGAAAACGCCGCCAUGGCCAUUUGCCAGCUCAAUGGCUACAAUGUCAAUGGCCGUCCUCUCAAGUGCAGCUGGGGCAAGGACCGACCUCCCACCGGUCAAUUCGAUAACUUCACUGCGCCGCAGCCUAAUGCUGGAUUUAACAACAGCACCGCUGGCUUCUUCCCCCAGUAUGGCGGUCCCCAAAACCCUAUGAAUCAAGGUCCUGCCCCUGCUGGCCGAGGCUGGGAUCAACAAGGUAACAACUUUGGCGGACCUGGUAUGCCCGGACAGGGCUAUCCCCAAGGCAAUGCUGGAGGUUAUGGGCGUGGCCAGCCCAUGUCCCCGUCUGGUAACUGGGACCAGUCCAACAACAACUUCAACGGAGCCUACCAGGCGUAA